AUGCCUUCCAUGGCGCAAAACGGCCGCGUAACAACCGACUUCAAGCAGUCGAAUCAAGCUCACAACUCCAAUGCCUUCGCCAGAAGGGAGGAGAUUAGGCAACAGAGAGAAUCUCUUCCUAUUGCCUCCGUGAAGGAAAGACUGAUCGAAGAGGUGAAGAAACAUGAUGUAUUGAUCAUUGUUGGUGAGACUGGGAGCGGGAAAACAACUCAAAUACCUCAAUUUCUAUUUAGUGCUGGCUUCUGUCGUGAAGGAAAGAGUGUUGGGAUCACACAACCUAGGCGUGUGGCUGCUGUCACUGUUGCUAAGAGAGUGGCUGAAGAAUGUGGGGUUGAAUUGGGGCAAAAGGUUGGGUACUCGAUUCGGUUUGAUGAUAGAACUUCUGGGGUAACUAGGAUUAAGUACAUGACUGAUGGACUGCUGUUGAGGGAGGCAUUACUCGACCCAUAUCUGUCAAGGUACUCGGUCGUCAUUGUUGAUGAAGCACAUGAGAGAACUGUUCACACUGAUGUCCUGUUGGGCUUGCUGAAAAAUGUACAAAAAGCUCGGUUGAAAUCUGGCACUCUAGAUAUGAUUGCUAGUAAGAAGAAUGGUACUAAUGGAACAUUGCCAGGAAAAGAAGGUAUCAGCCAAUCAGCCAAUGUUCUCAAGCAAUCCCAAGACAGGAAAUUCCCUCCCUUGAAGCUAAUCAUUAUGUCUGCGAGUUUGGAUGCACGAGUUUUUUCUGAGUACUUUGGUGGUGCCAGAGCUGUUCACAUUCAAGGCCGGCAGCAUCCUGUUGAUAUACUUUACACUCUUUAUCCUGAAAAAGAUUAUGUCGAUGCAGCCUUAGUGACAAUAUUUCAGAUUCAUUUGGAAGAGCGCCACGGUGAUAUACUUGUAUUCUUGACUGGGCAAGAAGAGAUUGAAGCUGUUGAGAGGCUUGUUCAGGAACGACUGCGUCAACUGCCUGAAAGCAAUAGAAAGUUGGUAACAGUUCCCAUAUUCUCAUCUCUUCCAUCUGAGCAGCAGAUGCGUGUAUUUAUGCCAGCCCCUGAUGGUCACCGUAAGGUUGUACUAGCAACAAAUAUAGCAGAAACAUCCGUGACAAUUCCUGGAAUCAAGUUUGUCAUUGAUCCUGGAUUUGUAAAAGCUCGCUCAUAUGACCCAGCUAAGGGGAUGGAGUCCUUGAUUAUCAUUCCAACUUCAAAAGCUCAAGCUCUUCAAAGAAGUGGUCGUGCUGGGCGUGAAGGGCCAGGGAAAUGUUUUCGUCUUUACCCUGAGAGUGAAUUUGAGAAACUUGAGGAUUCAACAAAGCCAGAAAUCAAGCGGUGCAACCUCGCAAAUGUCAUUUUGCAGCUUAAAGCUCUUGGUGUUGACGAUAUAUUCGGGUUUGACUUCAUUGAAAAACCAUCUAGGGCAGCUAUUGUUAAAUCGCUGGAACACUUGUUUCUUCUGGGCGCUUUGACGGAUGACUGCAAAUUAUCUGAUCCAGUUGGACACCAGAUGGCUCGCCUUCCUUUAGACCCUAUUUAUUCUAAAGCUCUUAUCCUAGCCAGUCAGUUCAACUGUUUGGAAGAAAUGUUGAUUACUGUAGCAAUGCUGUCCGUGGAUUCAGUCUUCUAUGCACCCCGUGAAAAGUUAGACGAAUCAAGAACUGCUGCUAAAUGCUUUGCAAAUCCAGAUGGGGACCACAUUACUUUGAUUAAUGUAUAUCGAGCAGCUGAAGAUCUUCUGGAGAAAAGGAAGAGUGUUCCUCAUACAGAGAGAAACGAGAAAAUUUUUAAAGCAAAAAGUGAGAAGAUAUUCAAAAGAUGGUGCAAGGAAAAUUUCAUUAAUGGUCGUUCUGUGAGGCAUGCACGGGAUAUACAUAGUCAAAUUCGUGGACACGUUGAACAAAUGGGUCUUCGGAUCACUUCUUGCGGAGAUGAUAUGCUCCAAUUCCGCAGAUGCCUUGCUGCAUCAUUUUUCAUUAAUGCAGCUUUGAAGCAGCCGGAGGGAAAUUAUAGGGCUUUCGGAACUGGUCAAGUAGUUCAGAUUCACCCUUCCUCUGUGCUGUUUCAGUCAAAGGUUGAGUGCGUCGUGUUCAAUGAAAUGGUUCAAACUACUAACAAGUACAUCCGGAAUGUAACCAGGAUCGAGUAUAUGUGGUUAACUGAGCUUGCGCCACACUACUACACCAUGCAGAGUUGA